CGUUGGGAGUAUUUAAAACCAAUCUGUCUCUUUCUCUGCGUGGCAGCGGGUCAUGCUGUUUUAUUAUAGAAGCACCGUUGGCAUCCAAGAAAUCGCAACCAGAGAAAAAUUUUAUGAAUAAGCACCAGAAGCCAGUUCUAACAGGCCAGCGGUUCAAAACAAGGAAGAGGGAUGAAAAGGAGAAAUUUGAACCUACUGUCUUCCGGGAUGCAAUUGUCCAAGGUCUUAAUGAAGCUGGUGAUGACCUGGAAGCGGUAGCCAAAUUUCUGGAUGCUGCGGGCUCAAGACUAGAUUACCGGCGCUAUGCUGACACUCUGUUUGAUAUUUUGAUAGCUGGCAGCAUGCUAGCUCCAGGUGGCACGAGAAUAGAUGAUAAUGAUAAGACCAAGAUGACAAACCAGUGUGUAUUUUCUGCAGUUGAAGAUCAUGAUGCUCUCCGACACUAUGCUCAGGUCUUCAAUAAGCUGAUCAGAAGAUAUAAAUAUUUGGAAAAAGCAUUUGAAGAUGAAAUAAAAAAGCUUCUGUUAUUUCUUAAAGCCUUUUCUGAAACCGAGCAAGCAAAAUUGGCAAUCCUCACUGGAAUCUUACUAGCUAACGGAACACUACCAGCUACCAUUUUAACAAACCUUUUCACUGACAGCAUUGUCAAAGAAGGUAUAGCAGCCUCUUUUGCCGUCAAGCUUUUUAAAGCAUGGAUGUUAGAGAAAGAUGCCAACUCUGUUACCUCUUCUUUAAGAAAGGCUAACUUAGACAAGAGAUUGCUUGAACUAUUUCCAGCCAACCGGCAGAAUGUGGACCAUUUUGCCAAAUAUUUCACAGAUGCUGGCCUAAAAGAGCUUUCAGACUUCCUUAGAGUCCAGCAGUCAUUGGGGACCCGAAAAGAACUACAAAGAGAACUCCAGGAACGUCUUUCUCAAGAAUGUCCAAUUAAAGAGAUGAUGCUUUAUGUAAAAGAAGAAAUGAAAAGAAAUGAUCUGCCAGAACCAGCAGUGAUUGGACUCCUGUGGACUUGUAUAAUGAAUGCUGUUGAAUGGAACAAGAAAGAAGAACUGGUUGCAGAACAAGCACUUAAGCAUCUGAAGCAAUAUGCACCUUUACUGGCUGUGUUCAGCACCCAAGGCCAGUCAGAGUUAAUCCUUCUUCAGAAAGUUCAGGAAUAUUGUUAUGAUAACAUCCACUUUAUGAAAGCUUUUCAGAAGAUUGUGGUGCUCUUUUAUAAAGCUGAUGUCCUAAGUGAAGAAGCUAUUUUGAAAUGGUUCAAAGAGGCACAUCUUUCUAAAGGCAAAAGUAUAUUUCUUGAUCAAAUGAAGAAGUUUGUGGAAUGGCUGCAAAAUGCUGAAGAAGAAUCUGAAUCUGAAGGGGAUGACAAUCAAGAUGGCUAAACAAAGCACAAACCAGACAAGAUUACAAGAUGCCUGCUCUUUCAUAAUUUUGUACUAUCCAAGCAAGACUGUUCCUUUAGUGUCAUACUGAAACUUUAAGCUAGAUUUUUUUCCUUUGUUAGUUUGUUUAGAAAAAUAAAAUAAAAUAAAAUAAAAUAAAAUAAAUAAAAAGCAUUGUUGUUGCCUCUUUUGGCAAGCUGUGUGCCAUGUAGACAAUGGCAUUCAGCAAGGAGACAAUUAGGGAAAUUGGGAUUAAAAGUUUUUAUUAUAUUUUCAGGUAUUUCAUUUUCUGCCCAUUUUCUGCCCAUUUUUUAAAAUCUCUAUACUUAGGUCAGUUUUUUUUGUGUGUAUGUGAGUCGACAUCACUAAGAUGUUUUUUUUUUAAUUGAAUGGAUUUUAUAUAUUCAUUUUUCCAGACUUUUUUUUUAGAAGUGGUUAGUAUGGAAAUAAACCACUGCUAAGUUUUACGGCAGAAUUAUUCAAAGAACAUUACCUUAUCCAUAUGGCAAGCUUCUUUCUUACUAUAACUCACACUGUACACUACCAAUGUGGAAUGUUUCCAAAUUUGAGGUUAAGUCUGCAGGAACAUUUGAUACUGAGGCAGAAAUCUCCUGGGCUAAUGAGAUAUUCCACAUAAAAAACUGCAAUAAACCAAAAGAGAGCCAGCCUGCCGUGUGUAUAGGUAACACCUAUCUAGCCCUAAGGUAUCUACAUUAAACUGGAUUCUGUUUUCUUUUUUUUUUUAAACAGUAAUGUGACUGUUCUUACAUAAGAGAAACAGUGAUAAAUUACAAAAAAAGGUUUAAAACCUGUUUAAUGACUCGGUUAUAUUAACCAAUUAAAAUAAUUUUCAAUAAA